GAAAAUAUAUUACCACCUAUCGCGGCGUACCAUUGAUGAAAGAUCCUUUCACUCUCGCAGUUGUACCACAGUUGCUCUGGGAGCUUAAACCACGUACCAUAAUUGAGUUCGGCUCUUACGCAGGAGCCUCAGCACUUUGGAUGGCAGAUUUGUUGAGGCAAUACAACUAUGAGUCACGUGUCCUCUCGUUGGACAUUGAUCUCUCCAUGCUGGCGCCUUUAGCGAGGGAUUCCCGUUCUGAUAUUUCGUUUAUCGAGGGAGAUAUCUUUGACGUUGAAAAACACUUCCACGAGGAACUUCUUGAGAGCUUACCUCACCCAUGGUUCCUAAGUGAAGACUCACAUGUGAACAUGAUAGGCAUUUUAGAACAUUUUCAUAAAUUUAUGCAACCUGGAGACUACCUCUGCAUCGAAGAUACAAACCCAACGGGACCUGAAAUAUCCGGACAGGGACUCAUCAAGGAUCUCGGAUACUCAAUGUUUGGGGACUCCAAACUGAAUGACCUCAAAAGAUUUCUGAAAGACCAUCCAGGCAAAUACAUGGUAGAUCAGAAAUAUACCGAUUUUUACGGAUACAAUGUCACUUUCAACACCAACGGCUUCUUAAAACGGGUAUAGGUCCACAGCCUCUUCGAAUCGAAGAUUCAGAGCUGAAGGCAAAGUGAAUUGUAACCUUGAAUAAAACAUUAAACUCAAUUCCGAG